GGCACACCAGAGCGGAGAUGCUGAACACUCAGGAAAACAGCUAUGUCGAGUGACAAUGGCGAUGCUCGUACUUCAUAAAGAAUUUCAGACGAAGCGCACGUUCACCCAAUAGCAGGUUGCCUAGCCGCGGCUUUCACGGUGGCACAGCAGCACCACCUCGCACUGUAGCCUUGUGCAAUACUCUUCCACUCAUCAACAACACACUUUGCACUCUUACCCGUCCGUAUCAUCGCCGACCGAAUAAGACAGCCAGAGCGAGACAAGAUAGCUAGAUAUUACAGCAAUCCCAGGGGUCGCCUGGGCGUAUUAUUGGGCGCUAGACCACAAACAGCAUGGUCGUUUGUCGCUACUUCCAGCAAGGCCGCUGUCUCAACGGCGAGACAUGCAGGUUCGAGCAUCCUUCGACUACAGCUCAGACAUCACCAUCGACGUCGUCGUUAAAUGCAAAAGCACCCACGUUUGAUCCUGCACAGACUGCCAGUCCCACUGCGCAGAACCGGGCGCCUUGCGUCUUCUUCCUCCACGGCACCUGCAAGCGAGGAUUCCUAUGCCGUUUCGAUCAUAGCCCUGAGGCAAAGCCUCCUGCAGCGGCUCGUCAAGAUGACAGGACUAAUACUGUCUGCACUUUCUUCCUUCGAAACAUCUGUAACAAGGGGGCUGCUUGCCCAUACAGCCAUGCGACGUCUCCAGACAGCCGUCUCAGUAACGACAAGGCCUCAAACGCUGCCUUCGAGCGACCAGCUUCAAGUACAGGUGCCUCAGUCGUGCCGCCUGUACAACCGCAUUUCAAGGGGACAAAGGAGGAGGAUGGAUCCGAUAGAUUCUCGAGGACCAUUGGCGGUGCUACUGUGAGGUUCGAAGAUGGUGUUACAAUCUCAACUUUGGCCCUACCGUCCGAUUUCUCGGUGGUUUCCAUGCUUCAUGUCCCUCCCGGGAAAUCGGUACAGGACCUCCGCAACCUCCUACACGGCAAAGGAUUCCCUGGAAUAUCUGUCGAGGCCAUCACAUUGAAAUCCGACCCAAAAACUUCCUUUCAAUCCGCGCAGAUCAAAGUACCGGAUCCUAGGUUCGCGGCACGACUGCUGCGAGAAACUGGCCACACUAUACUGAUGGAUGGAUCUGCCGUACAUGUUGUCAUGGUGCAACUGGGUGCAGAAUCCGAGUCGGGGGCGAACCGUCUGCAGCUUACGACCGUCGCUUGCACCUGGCACAAUCCUUCCAAAGUAGCUUACGUGGAAUUCUCCUACCCCGCUCAAGCAGCAGCCGUCGUCCUCGAGAUGCAGAAGAGCCAAUUACAUCUUCAUGGACGACAAUUGAAUUUCGCAUGUCAACCGCGUUCAUCUUGGGUCACAGUUGGGAACCUCAACCCGGCGACGGGAAAAAAAGCGUUGACGGAAUUCCUUCCCACAGCGCAGCCCAGUUACAGGGUCAACAUGGGCCAGCUCUCUCACGAAUACUCAGCGGAGCGGUUAGAGUUUACGGUCAAGUCAUCCCUAGAGCAGCGUGGUACUCUUGCCGAAUGGACUGCUACUCCGCAGAGCAAUGGUUCGAAGGUCAAAGCCAUCGCAAAGUUCGCGGACCCUGAAGCGGCCAGAAAGGCGGUACAGGAGCUGAACGAUACCCUCAUCGAUCCUUCAUCCAAGGACAAGCUGAAGGCUCAACAUCUUGUUGCGGUCAAGCUCUCGGUCUCACAGCGCGUACUACAAGCCAUCAAGCCACAGCUUGACGCCCUCGUUGAAGAGGCACGAGUGUUGCAUUUUGUUUCCAUAAAAAUAUACGACAACCCAGAGAAGGCGUAUACGCAGAUUCGAGUGUCCGGUCAGGACCGAGAGGCAGUCGCACGCGUCAAGUCGUCUGUUGAGAGGACUCUAGCCGGACGAAUAGCCGGCGACGGAUCCGUCCGUAUAUCCCAUUCUUUCUUCUUCCAGGAAGCGUCUACUGCAUUCCUUGCAGAGGUUAUGAGAUCCCAUGGUGUUACUAUUGUUUCAGACAGGCGUAAAUUGCUCCUACGCCUAUAUGGAGACACGUUGAAAGUCUUAGCCGCGGAACAAGCGUUGACUGAGAAACUCUCAAGUCUGGAAACCCAGUCGAAGGUCGUGGUCCUAGACCCAAUUAGCUUGAAUGCUGCCCUUCGGGGCGGGUUCAGACUCAUUGUUGCGACCUUGGGAAAGGAGAUGGUAAAGAUGGACAUCACCUCCAACCCAAAGCGCAUCAUAGUCUACGGCUCGGAUCGACACGUAGCACAGGUGGAAGAACUGCUCAGGUCUUAUGAUCCUGACUCCCUAGAGACGCGAGCUACUAUGCUAUCGCUGAAUGCGGCGGAAGAAGAGGAGUUAUGCCCCGUAUGUUGGACUCCUCCGGAAGAUCCGUUUAAGACCAAGUGUGGCCACACGUACUGCAGCUCCUGCCUGGCCUCGCAAUGCACCACUGCCACCGAUUUUCCGCUGCGCUGUCUUGGUGCCUCUGCAGCAUGCAACGCUUUGCUCACGCUAUUAGAACUGAAGCAAGUCCUGUCCUCAAACGACUACGAAGCCCUCCUCCAAACCUCCUUCACGCAAUAUAUUCGCAGCCAUCCAACCUCCUUUCAAUACUGCUCCACCCCAGACUGUGACCGCUUCUACCGCAUCACUCUGCCCGAAGACCCUGGGGUAUUCAACUGUGAUGGAUGCCUCACCUCCAUCUGCACGGCGUGUCACCAAAUCGCUCACGACGGUAUAACAUGCGCAGCUUCAAAGGCAGCGCACGUCGGCACGAGCGAAUUCGCGAAGUGGAAGGAAGAGAACGACGCCCGAGACUGCCCCAAUUGCGGAACACCAAUCCAAAAGAGCUAUGGGUGCAAUCACAUGGAAUGUCAGGCUUGCAGGACGCAUAUCUGCUGGUUCUGCAUGAAGACAUUCAAGACGGGCGAGGACACGUACGGCCAUAUGGCAAAGGCUCAUAACGGUAUCCGGGGAAUGGGACUGGGGUUCUGAACGAAGACGAUUCGAGUCGGAGGAGCUUCUUGCCUGGCAAAAGGACGACAACCAUGUGGGAGGUUGUCUGGAUCGCAGCAUCCGCUCGGAAAUACCAAUGAGAUGUAACAUCGCGCCUGUGGGAGGCAUGAUUGCUGGUUCUUUAUCGCCUUUAUGUCAGGCACACAGACGUAUGGGUAUGCUGCGGAAGAUUAACUCGCGGAUUGGGGGUUUGGGGUGAACCCUCGCUAUUUUUACCCCGUCGAAUAGUGAAUAUAUAGAGCGCGCCGCACUAUCUGAGCCUUUGUCUAUUGCCGGUGAGGAUAGCACCUUUUUGGCGGACCAGUGCUCGAGCGUGUUGGUCAUACUUUUCACGUAGAGGCCGGUGACUAAGUGGUCGGAGCCGAUGGUGGAGCACUGCGAUAUCCCAAUCGACG